AUGGCAGCCUUGGCGAUGCGGCAGUCAAAAGGAGCAAGAGGCCCUGCCCUCCUCCGUGCACAAGAGCACCAUGUGGCAGCUUUACGAGCAGUUGGUCAGGCGAUUGCCGAUCCCAAGGAGAUCGACAGCGAUCAAACCCUAGGGGCCGUUCUGAUGCUGGCGUUCUACGAGACAUUAAUGUCAAAGGACUCAAUGAAGGAAUACAUCAGCCAUCUCAAAGGCGCCGCCAAGAUUGUUCAAGUACGUGGCCAGAAGUGCCUAGAGACGGAUGAGGGUCGGGAAAUGUUCGCCAUGACACGCAACCAAUGCAUAUCCGUCCAGAAUCUGUUCAAAGAGUCGGAAAUGUCCGGGUACUCAUGGCUAUUAUACAAUGAAUCUGUUCAACGGUCAAAUCGCGCCACCGUUGACAUCAAUCUUCUCUGCAACCAACUUCAGCAGGGCGUGGACCGCAUCAUCGCCUUAGCGAGAGACCCUACCGACGAGACUGUAGACAAGAUGCUCGAACUUCUAGAAAAAUGCCGGAAACUCGAAGACGAAUUCAGAAAGCUGAGCGAGAACCCGAAUCCGCAGUGGAAGGUCGAGGUCGCCGAAUGGGUCUUUGACCGAACCGACGAAGAGCUCGACACCGAGCCCACGUUCGACGGUCAAGUGUACAAGUUUUUCAAUCUACCCAUGGCUGUCUUGAAUUUGGUCACAUGGUGUUCUCACCUCAACCUUAUUACGACGAUGAUCCGCGCCAGCUCGUGGUUAGCAUCGGCUGGCAGAGAAGGCUUGAGCGACUACGACGAGUACGGCGAUCUGGUUCAGUCCGCGAGCGCCCGGGUCGCCAACAUUGUUUCAGCGGUUCCGUACUUUUGCAGUUGGAACGGGUACGGCGUCAUUGUUUCUCAAUUCCCCUGCGGUACGACUAAGCCAGACGACCCGCUCAAGGGCGAGGCCGGUCUCAUUGUCAUGUGGCCGCUUGCCAUGGCCUUGAAGAGCGACUACGCCACGCCAAGACAGAGACGAUAUCUGAGGGGCCGCCUCCGUUACAUUGCGGACGUAUCUGGUAUCAGCCAGGCUAGGUUUUUUAUGAACGAAAUCUGA